ACACCCUAGUUUAGUUAGUCAAUACUGUGUGACUUGUAUCUGAUCAGGUAUCGAUCUCUGAUCAGCAGUAUUAGAGAGUACUUUCACUGGUACUUUACCACCUGUCGGAUAAAAACAUGCUGCGCGUGAGGGCGGCUGUGAGCCAGUCUUGGAGGGGGUUCAAAACAUUCCCUUGUGCGGCGGUGGAGGUGAAGAAUGAGCCAAUCCUCGGUUUCACUGAGGGGAGCGCCGAGAGAAAAGAGCUGCUGAAGGCCUUGGACAGUCUGAAGGGGAAGACAGAGGAGAUCCCGUGCGUGGUCGGAGACGAACACGUGUGGACCAAAGACAUCAGAUAUCAGCUCUCUCCGUUCAAUCACUCCCAUAAAGUGGCAAAGUUCUGUUAUGCUGACAAGGAGCUGAUCAACAGAGCCAUCCUGGCGUCCGUGGCAGCGAGGAGAGAGUGGGACCUGAAGCCCGUCCAGGACCGAGCCCAGGUCCUCUUCAAGGCCGCCGAUGUCAUCGCUGGACCCAAGCGAGCCGAGGUCCUCGCCAAGACCAUGAUCGGGCAGGGUAAGACGGUGGUCCAGGCGGAGAUCGACGCCGCUGCAGAGCUGAUUGACUUCUUCAGAUUUAACGCCAAACAUGCCGUCGAGCUGGAGAAACAGCAGCCGCUCGACGCCGAGGGAAGCACGAACACCAUGCUGUAUCGUGGGCUGGAGGGGUUUGUAGCAGCCGUGGCUCCUUUUAACUUCACCGCUAUUGGUGGAAACCUGGCAGGAACUCCAGCUGUGAUGGGUAACGUGGUGCUGUGGAAGCCCAGCGACACCGCCAUGUCUGCCAGCUACGCCGUCUACAAAGUCCUGAGGGAGUGCGGCCUCCCGCCAAACAUCAUCCAGUUCCUACCAGCUGACGGUCCCGUGUUCGGAGACGCCGUCACCUCCUCUGAGCACCUGGCGGGCGUCAACUUCACCGGCAGCGUCCCGACAUUCAAGCGUCUUUGGAAGCAGGUCGCUCAGAACCUGGACUCCUACAGGACGUUCCCUCGACUGGCAGGAGAGUGCGGCGGGAAGAACUUCCACUUCGUCCACAAGUCUGCGGAAGUGGAGAGCGUGGUGAAGGGAACGAUCCGUUCAGCCUUCGAGUACGGAGGUCAGAAGUGUUCCGCCUGCUCCAGGAUGUACGUACCGGACAGCCUGUGGCCGCAGAUCAGGGAUCAGCUGCUGGACAUUCACCGGCAGCUCAAAGUGGGAGACCCUGUUGAAGACUUCAGCACCUUCUUAUCGGCUGUGAUCGACGACAAGUCGUUUGCUCGGAUAAAGAAGUGGCUCGACCGUGCCAAGUCCUCCUCCGGUUUGAAAAUCGUCGCUGGCGGGAACUAUGACGACAGCAAGGGUUACUUUGUGGAGCCGACCAUCAUCGAGACCACGGACCCACGUGACUCCAUCAUGAGCGAGGAGAUCUUUGGGCCCGUUCUCGCCGUUUAUGUGUAUCCAGAGAACGACUACAAAGAGGUGCUGCAGCUGAUAGACAACACGUCUCCCUACGCUCUGACGGGAGCAGUGUUCGCUCAGGACCAGAAUGUGAUUGACGAGGCCGCUAAAGUCUUGAGAAACGCUGCGGGGAACUACUACGUGAACGAUAAAUGCACCGGCUCUGUUGUCGCUCAGCAGCCAUUUGGUGGAGCCAGAACUUCAGGAACGAAUGACAAACCCGGAGGUCCACACUACGUCCUGAGAUGGACGUCGCCGCAGGUAGUGAAGCAGACCCACGUCCCCCUCACAGACUGGAGCUACUCCUACAUGGGCUGAGUCCGGUGCUGCUGCCUGCUGGUCCAGUCGGAGCCCCCCCCCCCCCCUCCCUCCCUCCCUCCACCUGCUGUUCGCCACCACCAACAAUAACAUCACGUGGACUUCCUGUGACAUGAAACAAGGAGUCUUGUGGACACGAAUGGAGCAGAAUCGGCAGCAGAGUGGUGAGAAAGUCUUCCAUCCAUCAAUCUGGAGCUCCGUGGUGACGAUCGUCUGCACACUUGAUCCGCCCGUUUGCUUCACUGUUACUUAGUUGCCGUCCAAUGAAAACUGUCUAUUGAUGCUCAACUAUAAAUAUAUUUUAAUCUUAAUCAGAUUAGAGGUCAACUAGUAAUUUAAUCGAUUUGUCAAAAAUGAUCCGCUGCUUUUUUGCUAAUAAAUAAAUCUAAAAACAGAAUCCAUCUUCUGAGUUUUAAACAUUUCCUUCUUUUCUUACUUUGCUAUGAAAAUAAACUGGAUUUCUUUAAUUAACAAUUAAUCGAGAGAAUAACUGAUCGAUUUAUAAAAUAAAUGAAAAUAAUCAUAAGUUGCAGCCCCACAUCCAAUUCAGAUAUUUCAGGUUAAUAUCGGAACACAACAAGUUUUCCUCUGUGUUAUGUCUCUGAACACAAAGCCCAUUAAUGUCUCAUAUCUGUUUGUGUAAAGUUAUAAUAAUCUAAACACUUUCAGAGAUCUGUGUGAAACUGUUUGUUUCCUCUUUUGUCCCAAAUAUGUUUUUGUGUCACGGUGAAAUGUGUCCUCUGGUCAACAAGCCAGAUUAUUAAAACACACAAAUACUCACAGCAGUUAUCAGUUUAAUUGAAGUCAGCUGUGAAAGUGUCCUGAAGAUUGAAUUUGAUGACUUUAAUGUGUGCUGUGAUGUGAUCGUUACAUGUUGAAAUGUCACUUUGCAUUUUUAAAGUGCUGAAAAUGGUCAUAAUGACUUAAAUUUCUGCUGGUUUGUCUUUUAUCAAACGGCAUGAGUAACGAAUAUUUUCUGAAGAGUAUUUUAUAUUUUAUCUCUUGCUGUCAGAACGUGCCUGCCUCAGUAACUCUGUGAAAGUAGAUAGUUAAUCUUUAACAAUAAAUAUUAAAUUAUUACUAU